AUGGGCUGGUCCUCCAUCCUGAAGAGCCUCCUCACAGUUUUUGUCUUUAGCAUCUUAGCUGUCAUAUCUGUAGAGAGUUACCGCUGUACACAAGUUGUAUGUGAAAAUGAAAAGUGUCCUGGGAGUACAGCUACUUGUGAAACUUCUGUUAGCUGCUUCAGCCAAAUACAGAACUUGGAAACACUACCUCCGAAUAUAAACCGAGUACUUGAGCAAAAAGGGUGUACUUCAGAUAGAAACACUUGUGGCAUGGAAUUCUCAAUAACGCUGGGGGAUCAACAGAAAUUUAAACACAAGAACCUUUGCUGCGCCGGUGAUCAGUGCAACAGAGAGAACAUAACUUUGUCUCCAUUAUCUUUAGAAGUCAAUGGUGUUGAAUGUCCUGCCUGCUACAAUGUAAUCAAUAAGACAUGCCCCACAACAACUACCCUAAAGUGCACAGGAGCAGAAAAAAAGUGUGUUGAGGUUACUCUCACAGAUAGAUCUUCUAAUUUUAUACUGUAUGGGAAAGGCUGUGCAACAGACAGUGCUUGCACCCUGGAUGUACUAUUCUUAAAUUCCGGACAAAUUAAAGCCUCGUGCAUCCCAGCUGUUUCGACCAAUGGAAGCCCCACCCUCAAAUCCAUUGCAUCCCUCCCAAUUGUUCUGUUUCUCCUGAAAAUCUCGCUUUGA